AGUGAGGUCCACUCUGUCCCCCUCCUUUCUCCCAGACCCAAUCUGCCCGCAAUGUUUUUGUGUUUAUGCCAACUCGUGCGAGGUCCCCCGUGAAGUCGUGGAGUGCUCGUUAGGUUGUGGGUUGCAGAGAAGCUGCUUUGGUGAUCUCUUGGCUACAUGAUGCGCGGUACUAGGUCCGCCAGGAUGGGAAUUCGAGGUCAGGACCUACAUUGACAAGAAGUGCCCAUUCACUGGAACUGUUUCCAUCAGAGACAGGAUUAUUGCUGGAACAUGCCAUAGUGCCAAGAUGAACAGAACCAUCAUUGUUCGCAGGAAUUACCUCCACUUCGUUAAGAAAUAUCAGAGGUACGAGAAGAGGCACUCCAACAUUCCCUCUCUCAUCUCCCCAUGCUUCCGUGUCAAGGAAGGUGACCAUGUCAUCAUUGGCCAGUGCAGGCCCCUGUCCAAAACCGUGAGGUUCAAUGUUGUGAAAGUCAUCCCAGCUGGAUCCACUGGUGGCAGCGGCGGGAAGGCCUUCACCGCGGCUUGAGCUUUAGACUAUGUUCCAUGAGUAGUCUAUAGAAUGAUGUCUUUUUGCUAAAAAUUCCUGCUAGGCUGGUGUUUUCGACUAUGGUUUGGUGAUUGUUCACUGUCUGAAUGGAGUCUCGUCACCGGAAC